AUGGAUGUGGACGAUAAUAACUGUCCCAAAGGAUGGAGUCGCUUGGACUGUCAUUGUUACAUCUACCAACCUGUCGCGAGGGACCUUCCAGAUGCAGAGAACGUCUGCAAUAUUCUUGGUGGAAAUGUAGUUUCCAUCCACAGUGCCCUGGAAAAUGCGUUUGUGCAUGAACUGUUUAGAGAGGAUAGGAGUAGUGAUGAUGACGACACUCUAUGGAUUGGACUCAACGAUGCAAUUGAGGCUGACACCUUCGUAUGGAUUGAUGGCUCAGAAUUUGAUUUCAACGGCUUUGAUACAGGUGACAGUGAGCCUGUUACCAGCAGUGAUGCUUGUGUAACGCUGGCUGAAGACGAUGGACUUUGGAACGUUGAAGACUGCUCAGAGGAAUAUCCGUAUAUUUGCAUCACCGAAGUUUUGACUCACUCACACUAA